CAAACAAAAUGAUAACAGCAUCCCGAUUUUAAACUUUUCAUUUCUAUAUCGCAACAUUUCAGUGCUUACCGAUACUACCAAUAUUUAUUUUGGAUAGAAGACAUUCUAUCUUUACAGUAUAAAAUAUUUUCUGUGCAUCUACAAAACCUACAGAGCAGAAUGAAAUACGUUUAUAUCAACCUUUAUGAUAUGGUAACAUCUUUCUUAUUUAAUUCAGCCACCAACAAUUGUUAACCUACCGAUGAGUUCAGAGAUACCGGAAAGUUGGACUGCUGAAAGUUUGUUGUAUACCAUAUCAGUGACAGAUCCUACCAAUGAUACAGUCACAUGUGCUCUAACAUUACCAUCUACUAUAUAUUACCUUCAACCUGGAUCAGUUCUAUUUGAAACCGAAAUAUGGGUCCUAGGUAAUCAAGGAUUUGUUUACGAUACCCAAAGACAGUACACGUUAAACAUAGAGUGUUCUGACCAGAGAAGGAGUGAUUCGGGGGAGUUUUACGUUUACAUUCUUCGAAAUAUGCCUCCAUACUACACUAAUCUUCAAGAUAAAACAAGUGUGUCGUCAAAGGCCUCAGCUGCUGGUCAGACUAUUUAUACUGUACAAAGUGGGGAUCAAGAAAAUGAUAAUGUACAAUACUCUUUGUCAUCUAACACUACGAAUGCGCCAUUUACAAUCGAUCAAAAUACUGGUGAGAUAUCUUUUACCCGCUCUAUAAAUACUGAACUUGUAGCCGGAUAUGAUUUGUACAUCAGUUUAUCUGAUGGACGAAAUGUGGUGGCUGGUCGAUCAUUAACAGUUCUUAUUACAGAUAUUAAUUUUCCUCCUUCGUUCCAACUUCCAUCACAGAAUAUAACUGUGUUUGAAGGUACACAUUCUGGAUCGUCCAUAUUUCAACCGACAGUUACAGAUGAAGACUUGUUGGACAGUCACACGUUUUCUGUCAUAUAUUAUCCACCAGAGGGCGCUGUUUAUUUUAAUUUUAAUCAAUCAACUGGAUUAAUAACAUCUUUAUAUGAUAUUGAUUACGAGACGAUCCCAUUCAAAUCAUUUUUGUUGAUAAUAAGUGCUUCCGAUUCGUUGUCGGAAGAUACUACCAACAUUACUUUGAACAUACAGGACGUCAACGAACCUCCAGUGUUCACGAAGACGAAUUACUCACUUACACCUUCAGAAAGCGCUGGUGGUACCGCUCUUUAUGGUCCAUUUUACCAGUAUACAGAUGAAGAUGGUGACGCUGUUAAGUUUUCCCUUGACUGUGGUGCUGACACAGGCCGAUUGGACAUUAAUUCCUCCUCAGGUCUCCUGUCGUUUUCAACAGACUAUGAUCUAGACAUGGUCGGAACAGCAUCUCAGAUAAACUGUAAUGCUACUAUUAGUGAUAAUGAGUAUACUGAUAUGGCCUUCAUUAAUAUAACUAUAUCGAAUGACAAUGAUAAUGCACCAGUAUUUACCUAUAGUAUAUACACGUUCUAUAUACCAGUCACUUCAAGUGUUGGGUCAUUUGUCGGACGGGUACAAGCAGUUGAUAAUGAUAUUGGAAGUUAUGGAAAUAUCUUUUACCAUAUUGCGCUUACAGACUUCAACUAUGGUUUAUUUCAUGUAAACGAAAAUGGUUCGAUAUUUGUCAGCCAAAGUCUGACUCAAUAUUCUGAAGGCUCUAUUUUAAAUCUAACGAUUUAUGCUGUGGAUAUUGGAAACAGACAGGAUACAACGUUGGUUUAUAUUGUAUUUCUAACAAGUUAUGUUGCUCCUGUUCCCCAAGGAAAUGGAAUACAGUACUUAACAUUCUUCAGAUAUUCUCCAAACAUGGCUUGGUUUGUCCCUUUGAUGUUUGUGCUUUUCGUCACCGUUUGUGUUGUUACACACACGAUAUACACAACUAACUGUACAAGUUUGAAAAACACAAGCAAGACGAAACAGAAAAGACUAAUAAGAUCAUUAUAAAAUAUUGAACAAACAAAGACGAUAUUUAUGUUUUCUUAUUCAUGAAUCUCU